AUGAAUUAUAUACUGAAACAUUAAAUCAUUGAACUUUAUGGCAAUGUUGUUGGAAUUAUCUUAUAAAGAAGUGUUCCCAAUCCCAAUUAAUGUCCAAAUGAAAUAAGAUAGUAAGUAACACAGAAAUCACUAUGUAGAGCAAAGCCUAAACCUAGACAUAAUACUCCAAUAGAGAUGGAUAAAUAUUUCUUAACUUAAAUGUACUUCUGA